CUUUUCCCCCUUUUCUCCUCUUUGAUUCAGGUGCUCUAAAUCGGGUUUUUCUUCCCUCUCUUCUGAGAGAUCGUCUCGUUUUGGUUUGCUGAUCUGUUUCUUGGAGAAACCCUGGAUUCGGGACGGGAAUCUACUUCUUCUGGUUUGAUUUUUCUGUCAUUCCUUUUUGCUUUGUUGAUUGUGGUGUAUUGAGAGGAGUUGGCAUCGAAGAGAGUCUGUGUGUGGCGGCGGAGGAGAAACAGACAAGGCAGGGUGCCAGUGAUCUUGCUGUAUGUCAGUGGAUUGUGUUGAGACUUACUGUUGCGGAAUUGGCAAGCUCAAGAAUCCUUUGCAAUGGCCUCAGCUUCGAAAAAAGCGACGUUUUCAACUGAUGCUUGUUGCCAUGCGAGUGGUGCCGGUUCUACUUCCGUUCCUCGAGAGGCUGCGCCUCUUGUUGCUUCCGCCAAUGCCGUCCAAGAUUGGAACGUGCCCUCGAACGAUCGCGCCGACGAUCGCCGUACCAAGAAUGUUGCCAUGCCGUCGUUAAUUCGUCCUGUCGAUGCGAUUCCUGAAUCUUCCACAAAUGCUUCCGCCAAAGUUGUUCCCCCGAUGUUGAGGGCACAAUCAAGACAUCCUCUUGAUCCUCUGUCAGCUGCUGAAAUCUCGGUUGCAGUGGCAACCGUCAGGGCAGCUGGAGCUACGCCAGAGGUCAGAGAUAGCAUGCGCUUUAUUGAAGUGGUGCUACUGGAACCCGAAAAACAUGUUGUUGCCUUGGCAGAUGCAUAUUUUUUCCCUCCAUUCCAACCAUCCUUACUUCCUAAAACUAAGGGAGGACCCGUUAUUCCCACAAAGCUUCCUCCAAGAAGGGCAAGGAUUGCUGUUUACAAUAAGAAGUCAAAUGAGACAAGCCUAUGGAUUGUUGAGUUGUCCGAGGUUCAUGCAGUAACCCGAGGUGGACAUCACAGGGGAAAAGUUAUAUCUUCUACAGUUGUUCCCGAGGUUCAACCUCCCAUGGAUGCUGCUGAAUAUGCAGAAUGUGAGGCUAUUGUCAAAGAAUAUCCUCCAUUCAUAGAGGCUAUGAAGAAGAGGGGUAUUGAAGAUAUGGAUUUGGUUAUGGUUGAUCCUUGGUGUGUUGGUUAUCACAGUGAAGUCGAUGCUCCUUGUCGAAGACUUGCUAAACCUCUUAUUUUUUGUAGAACUGAAAGUGACUGCCCAAUGGAAAAUGGAUAUGCUCGCCCAGUUGAGGGCAUACAUGUCCUAGUUGAUAUGCAAAAUAUGGUGGUUAUAGAAUUUGAAGACCGAAAGCUUGUUCCACUACCUCCUGCUGAUCCUUUGAGGAACUAUACUUCAGGUGAAACAAGAGGUGGUGUUGAUCGUAGUGAUCUGAAGCCUUUACAGAUAGUUCAGCCUGAAGGUCCAAGCUUUCGUGUCAAUGGCUACUAUGUAGAAUGGCAAAAGUGGAAUUUUCGUAUUGGUUUCACUCCUAGAGAGGGUUUGGUUAUAUACUCUGUAGCUUAUGUUGAUGGCAGCAGAGGGCGAAGGCCUGUAGCACAUCGACUAAGUUUUGUGGAAAUGGUCGUCCCAUAUGGAGAUCCAAAUGAUCCACAUUAUAGAAAGAAUGCUUUUGAUGCAGGAGAGGAUGGACUGGGCAAAAAUGCGCAUUCUCUGAAGAAGGGAUGUGAUUGUCUGGGUUACAUCAAGUACUUUGAUGCUCACUUCACAAAUUUCACUGGUGGUGUCGAAACAAUUGAAAAUUGUGUGUGUAUGCAUGAAGAGGAUCAUGGAAUUUUGUGGAAGCAUCAAGACUGGAGGACAGGAUUGGCAGAAGUUAGAAGAUCUAGGCGGCUUACUGUGUCCUUCAUUUGUACUGUGGCUAAUUAUGAGUAUGGAUUCUUUUGGCACUUCUAUCAGGAUGGGAAAAUUGAAGCUGAAGUCAAAUUAACUGGAAUUCUGAGUCUAGGAGCCUUACAACCUGGUGAAUAUCGAAAGUAUGGCACAAUGAUUGCACCAGGUUUGUAUGCCCCAGUGCACCAACACUUCUUUGUUGCUCGUAUGGACAUGGCCGUUGAUUGCAAGCCUGGUGAAGCUUUCAAUCAGGUAGUUGAGGUGGAUUUGAAAGUUGAAGGACCUGGGGAGAACAAUGUCCACAACAAUGCCUUCUACGCUGAAGAGACACUGCUGAAGUCUGAAAUGCAAGCUAUGCGUGAUUGUAGUCCUUUGACCGCUCGCCACUGGAUAGUGCGAAAUACUAGGACUGUUAAUCGAACUGGGCAGUUAACAGGGUACAAGCUAUUGCCUGGUUCAAAUUGUUUGCCAUUAGCUGGUUCAGAGGCCAAGUUUCUUAGAAGAGCUUCUUUCUUGAAGCAUAAUCUUUGGGUGACUCAAUAUUCACGUGAUGAGAUGUUUCCUGGAGGGGAGUUUCCCAAUCAGAAUCCUCGGGUUGGGGAAGGAUUGUCUACAUGGGUCAAACAGAAUCGCCCCUUGGAAGAAACUGAUAUAGUCCUUUGGUACGUAUUCGGGAUCACGCACGUUCCUCGGUUGGAAGACUGGCCUGUUAUGCCUGUGGAUCACAUUGGCUUUUUGCUCAUGCCACACGGGUUCUUCAACUGUUCUCCUGCUGUUGAUGUCCCGCCCAGUACUUGCGAAUUAGAUUCAAAAGACGCCGACGCUAAAGAAAAUGGAGUGGCGAAGCCAAUUCAGGCCCCCAUUAUGGCAAAGCUUUGAACUGUGUGAUCAUCACGGCUCCUUUCCUUCUAAAUUUUAUAUUCUAUUGUCCGUUCUUAAGUCCAGUGGGUUGCUUCCCCUUCCCCUUCCCCUUCCCCUUCCCCUUGUUAAUAGAACAAUAUGUGUCUAGUUUUCUGAACACUUGAACGUUAUCGAUAUGCAUAGUAUGAUGUUGAGAGUAAUGGCAUCUACCUACAAAGUCUAGUUGUUUUGUUGAAA